GCAGCUCGAGACGGUGAGCAGCUGCGAAUUUACGGAGGAACUGGACCAACGGCCGCGCUGACGCAGAGAGCUCGCUCACCUCACCUCCCCUUCACCGCUGCCAGUCGGCACAAACUGUUGCUCGAGCUGUUUUGGAUUAUUCCGAGGGAGAAACUUCAUACAAUAAUAUGUUCAGCUUGGAGUUAGAAUAGAAGCAAAGCGCGGAGGAAAAGUUUUGCCUUCAUUAUCACUCAAUGUAGUGAGUUUAUUAAAGAAUCGGCGUACAUAGACGGGUGAUCCCGAGCUGUCAAACCCGAUGACUACUGCAAACUGCCCCGGGAAUGAAGAGCUGGACUUCAGACUGAUCUUCGGAGAGGACGGACAGCAGCCGCCGCUAGCCCCCUCAGAACAGGAUGAGAGAUCAUAUUACAUCUUCAAUGUGGGCCAACCUCAUUCAAUGGUCAACCAAUCACAUGGUCUCCAGCGCCAUGGAGGCACACCCCCAGUCCAACACAUUGCCACCUCUCCCUCCCUGCAGGACCAACACAUGGCCUAUGAGCCCAGCUAUGAACCUCAGGACUCUAAAUACACGCCCACAAGGCUGGGCGGGGGAGGGAGUGGUCCAACUAAGGCCUUUGAGUGUCCCAGUAUCCAGAUCACCUCUAUCUCCCCGAGCUGCCAGCAGGAGAUGGAGGCCAGUGAGAAUGAGAUGAGAGGGAAGGGUCUGGAAAGAGAGUACCAUGACCGACCCCUGUCUCGGGAUCACCUGUACCUGCCUCUGGAUCACUCGUACCGGGAUUCAUCCCUGAGUCCAAGUCCAUGCAGCAGCCUUUCCUCUCGUAGCUGGUUCUCCGACGCAUCAUCCUGUGAAUCCAUCUCACAAGUGUACGAUGAUGUUGAUUCGGAGUUGAACGAAGCAGCGGCACGUUUCACCUUAGGGUCACCGCUCACCUCGCCCGGCUGCUCUCCGCAGACUGGACAGCAGGAGGAAGUAUGGCAACAGCUGCAUCAUCAUCACCCAGCCUUUACUCACUCUCUUUCUCAUUCACACGCUCAUUUACUCUUGCCACGGCAAUCACCCUGCCACUCACCCCGUACCAGUGUCACCGACGAGAACUGGCUGAGCCCUCGCUCUCCUUCGCGCCCCUCUUCACGCCCAACAUCACCCUGUGGAAAGAGACGACACUCCAGUGCUGAUAUAUGCUACCUGGGCUCUUUAUCACCCCAUCACUCCCCAACCACAACACCCGGUCCCUCACCCAGGGGCAGUGUGACCGAAGACACCUGGAUUGGAAGCCCGUCGAUGGGUGUAUCCCCUUUCCAAUGUUGUCCCUCCGAGGCUGACAUCCCCUCCAAGACAAGGAAGACCUCCCAGGACUGUACAGCAGCAAUCCAGCCAGGGAAUGGUGACCUGGGUAUGGAUGAUUCUGGGAAUGUAACUCCUUUGCUUGACUCCCCUGCUGAGGACGGCUUGCACAGUUUAAAGAAGGACGGAUCUGGAGAUCAGUUUCUCUCAGUCCCAUCUCAUUUUACAUGGAACAAACCCAAACCAGGACAUUCACCAAUUUUCAGGGCGUCAUCCCUGCCUCCCCUGGACUGGCCAUUGCCGAGUCAGUAUGGGCAGUUUGAGCUAAAGAUUGAGGUUCACCCCAAAGCUCAUCACAGAGCUCAUUAUGAGACAGAGGGCAGCCGAGGGGCCAUCAAAGCCACGUCUGGUGGACACCCUAUCGUCAAACUCAUUGGCUACAGUGAGAAGCCAGUAAACCUGCAGAUGUUCAUUGGAACAGCAGAUGAUCGUUAUUUAAGGCCGCACGCUUUUUACCAGGUUCACCGCAUUACAGGGAAAACCGUCGCAACAGCAAGCCAGGAAAUUAUCGUCGCCAGCACGAAAGUUCUAGAGAUUCCUCUCCUUCCUGAAAACAGUAUGUCUGCCAGUAUUGAUUGUGCUGGAAUACUGAAGUUGAGGAACUCCGACAUUGAGCUGAGAAAAGGAGAGACGGACAUUGGCCGCAAAAACACUCGGGUUCGUGUGGUGUUCCGGGUUCACAUCCCACAAUCCAAUGGAAAAGUGGUCUCGCUGCAGGCUGCUUCUAUUCCAGUGGAGUGCUCCCAGCGCUCGGCACAGGAGUUACCUCAGGUUGAGAAGGCCAGUAUUAGCAGCUGCCCUGUGAGUGGAGGAGAGCAAAUGGUCAUCACUGGCUCCAACAUCUUCCCGGAGUCAAAGGUCAUCUUUCUGGAGAAAGGUCCUGAUGGACGACCGCAGUGGGAGGUGGAGGCGAAGAUCAUCCGAGAGAAGAGUCAAGGAUCGAGCAUUGUGGUGGAGGUGCCUCCAUAUCACAGUAAGAUGGUCACUUCAGCAGUGCAGGUGCAGUUCCAUGUGUGCAAUGGCAAACGGAAAAGGAGCCAGUCUCAACGCUUUAAUUAUCUGCCAGUCCUGGUCAAGCAAGAACAUAGAGAUGAGCUUGACUCCCCUGCUAUGCCACCCAUGUCCAUGCCUCUGGUCCAUGCUGCCAGUUUGGUCUGCACUCAGCCGCUGUCCUCCCCAGAGCACUCCCACCCAUCAGAUGGCCUUCUGUCCAGCUCCCCACGUGGCCUGGCUGCAGGCCUACACCCACUACAGGCCCCCUGUGCCCCAAUGGGCUCCCCCACUCUUCCCCACCUGCCCCACCUUCAGGCUCAAGGGCUGAAUGUGCCUCCUGAAUGCCAGAUGCCCUUCCACCCAGGCCCUGCUGCCACUGCCAGACGUUCUUACCCACAUCUACAGCACAACAUGCCCUUUAACGGCCAGCAUAGUCUUCCUAUGUCUGCAGGCUCCCCACAGGCCUACGAGCGUAUGACCUUCCAGGCUGACACAGCUGGGUGUCACACCCUGGGUCUAGGGAUGGUGUAUGGCCCUGCAUCUUCAACACCCUCCUCUGGAGUAGCACUGGGGCCUGGCUCCAACCCUAGCCAUGUUGCUUGUACAAGUAGCAGCCAAGUUAUGGCUCACUCUGCCUCUCACCUUCACUCUUUAGGCUACCACUGCCCCACUCCAGGACAGGUCCCCUCACCCACUCACACACUGGUACAGCCAGCACCACAACUCCAGCACCCGCUGGUUUACCAUCCAGCUGGGCAGAGGUCUGCCUCCUGCCCCACACCUUCCAGUGCUCCUACCCAUAUGGUACCAUCUCCCCAAUCUGGGCCCUCCUCCCCCCAGCUCCAUUCUCUCCCCUACCAUUCACCCACCUCCCCUUCUCCCACAUCCAACAGCCCCCUGGGGUCCCUUGCAAUAUCUGGACAGCCUUCUCCUCAGGCUAGCAGCCCUGUCUUGGCUGAAUUAUCCCCAGCAGGGUCCAUGGUGCACCCCCUGACCCAAAUGGGAGAGAGGGUGAGCAUCAAGCAGGAGCCAGAAGAUCGAGAGCCCACCUUCCGUACCAUCGGCCUGCAGGACAUUACACUUGAUGAUGUGAAUGAGAUCAUCGGCAGAGACAUGUCUCACGCUCCAGCGGCUCAUGAGGGCUCCCCGGCUGCACACAGUCAGUCCUAGCCCACCUCAGACAAUCCUCACAGGACUCCAGGCCCAGGCAAGGAGCUUCCACCCUAACCCACAGUCUGCCCUGAUCAGGCUGAGACCAGAAAAUACUUUCUCCAGCUUGGAUCCAGAAGGCAUUAGAACCUCUAGAAAUAUUGAUUGCCUCUUGAUCCACCACACUCAACACAUGUGAACAACAAAAAUAUACGAUAACAACAAAAUGAAUUGGGGCACAUAUGCACACAUGCAUAAGAAGAAAAUGAGAUGUGUUUUUCUCAUACAUACACAGACGUGUUGGUUAGGUGGGAGUACACUUGGUUUGGUGUUGUCUGGCACACAUAGUUCUCCUGGAAAUAAAAACAAGAAUUCAGGGCUUUCUGACAGCAUGAUGUAUUUUAUUUGUAGCUUGUAGAUGAACACUUUGUAUUGGCUAGCUAUGCAGCUGAGUACCCUCAUCCCUGAACAGAAUAUGCAGUACAAACAGCAAUUCUAGUCACUUCAGUUGAAUACCAGACGGGUGCUCGAAGUGUAUUACAUGCAUAUGGUUUGCGCCUUUUACCAGCCGGAUCGCUGGCGGCUUUCAGCACACAUUUUCCCAGUGCUGCCCCAUCUCAUCUCAACUCAACUCAACUCAAUUUUAUUUAUAAACCACUUUCAAAAACCACACUGGGUACCAAAGUGCUGUACAUGGAGUAAUAAAAAAUAAAUAAAAUCACAUUAAUACAGCUUAAGAAUGCAAAAAAACAUUUAAAACCUAUAAAACAAGAAUAAGAUAAAAUCUACCUAGUACAAAUUAUAAUGCAAUUAAUUAAAAGCUAGGGAAAAUAAAUACGCUUUUAAGGCACCCUGGAAAGAGAAUAGAGACGGAGAUGAUUUUAUGACCAAUGGAAGCUCAUUCCAAAGUCUAGGGGCUACCACCGCAAAAGCUCUAUCACCUUUAGUUUUUAGGCGAGAUCGAGGAACUGACAGACACAGCUGAUCACUAGAGCGGAGAGACCUUGAAGGUUGAUUCAAACUUAUUAAGGCAGAGAUGUACUCAGGUGCAAGACCAUGAAGAGCCUUAAACACAUACAUCAACACUUUGUACUUGAUUCUGUAUUGGAUCGGUAACCAAUGUAGUGAAAUCAAAACUGGGGUGAUAUGGUCUCUUUUCCUGGUUCCAGUUAAAAGCCUAGCAGCUGAAUUUUGGACCAGCUGCAGGCGAGAGAGAGAGGCCUGACUCACACCCAGAUAAAAAAGCAUUACAAUAGUCCAAUCGAGAGGACACAAAGGCAUGCACAACCUUCUCCAAAUCCUCAAAAGAAAGGAUGGGCUUCAACCUUGCCAUAGUUCUAAGUUGGAAAAAACUAUUUUUAACCACAGCAUUUAUUUGUCGAUCAAACCUGAGCUCAGAGUCGAAUAUAACACCCAGAUUUUUUACAUAGGGAAGUUUUUUCCCUGGAAACAGUGACAAAUUUCUUUCUAAAUUUAAGUCACAUCCCCUUUGACCAAAAACAAUAAACUCUGACUUAUCCUCAUUUAAUUGAAGAAAGUUGUUUGCCAGCCAACACUUCACAUCGGCCAUGCAUUUAUGCAGAGGCUCAAAAGAGUGGUGAUUCCCAUGUUUAAUAGGAAAGUAAAUUUGAGAGUCAUCAGCAUACAGAUGAUAGUGUAUGCCAUGCCUUUCAAAGAUCUUUCCUAACGGAAGCAUGUAGAGGGAGAAUAAAACGGGUCCCAAAAUGGAGCCCUGAGGAACCCCACAUGUUAAAGGAACAACUGAUGAAUAACAGUUCUCUAAACAGACUGAAAUCGUUCUACCCUUGAGAUAUGAGGAGACCCAAUCCAAGGCUAACCCCUGAAUACCAACCUGGUCUCUUAGGCGAUUGAUAAGUAUGUCAUGAUCAACCGU